AUGUUGCACUCACUUCUGGCCGCAAGUUUUGCUAUUACAAUUGCCACCUUGGGAUCUGCACAGGUGGCCACCUCCUACUGCGAUGCUACCAGCGGCAUCUGCUUCCAGGGAUACACGGAUACCACCAUGGACAUGACCAUUGGAGUCAUACUUCCACCCCUGACCCCUCCAUCGGACGAAUACAUCGUGCAAAUGGUCGUUCCCGCAAGCUAUGGCUGGUCCGGUGUCAGCAUGGGCGGACAAAUGUCCAACAGUUUGCUUUUCCCCUUCUGGCCUAAUGGCCAAGAAAUCGUCCUGGGAGCGCGCUGGACGGACGACUAUGUCUUACCCUUGGCAUACGAGGGCCCUCAGAUCACCCUUCUUCCUGCUUCAACAGUAAACAGCACCCACGUUAACGCUAUUUUCCGUUGCCAGAACUGCACUGUGUGGGAGGGAGGAUCUCUCGGCUCCGGCGACCUCAAUGGCACUGCCGUCUUAGCCUAUGUUGCUUCCACCACUACUGGCGUGGACGACCCAUCGGAUGUGAACUCCAGCUUCUCCGAGCACAACUACUUCAAUUUCUUCGGCUUGGACCUUAGCGCGGCGCACUCCUCUUCGUACUCUCAGUACAUCAGUGGUGGGGUGGGAACGACGACUGCGCCUUCCGGCCCCUCCUCGACUCCGGCUACGCCGUCUAGCACCAGUAGCGCACCCGCUGCUACUCAGUCUGAGUACGGACAGUGUGGCGGGAAUGGCUGGACUGGUCCCACCGUCUGCGCGACGGGGCUGACAUGCGUCGUGGUCUCACCUCCUUACUACAGUCAGUGCCAGGCGGCGAAGUAG